GAUGGGUCACCAGUCAGGCCCAAAAGGAUAUAAACGUCUGUUAUUAUCCAAAUUCCAAAAACGAGCAAUAGCAAGGGUUUCAGGGUCUCUCUCACUCGUAGAGAGCCAUGAUCCGCCGGUCUUUGAGAUCCGCUCCCGUGGUCGGCCGCGUACAGGAAUGAGUUGCCAUGUUCCGCCGCGCAAUCGGCGGAGAAGUAGAAGCCCACGCGAAAGCCAAGUUAGAAUCGGUUCAGGGGCGGAAUAGAGGGACUCGUAAUCGAAAUAAGAAAGGGCACAAGGACUUGGAAGCAGAAUUAGCAGCAGCAAAACUUAGGUAUGGUCCUUGUGAAGUUUGUGGAAAGGAGAAAGACCACACGAGUGCUGGUUGCCCUUACAUGAUACAUAUCUCAAACCCUCUGGAGGUGACUCUUGUUGACGGUAGGUAUGGAAUAGUGUGUGAUUGUUGUGCUCGGCCGGGGGGCCACCCUGCUCGCCGGGGCUGGACAGGACGUGCUACUCUCAAGUUGUGUACCUAUUGUAUGGUAUUGGGUGAGCACUGGACUACAGAUUGCCCGUGCAUUGAGCCCCAACAACGUGAGAAAUGGAGAAAAAAAAAUGAGAGAGGAUGAUAUAUUGGAAGAGGAGCCCAAGAAAGAAUAAUUUCUGGACUUAGAGGCAUAUUUGAGGGACUUGCGAAGGAUGGCUGAGUUAAAACAAUAUGACUCUUGAGGAAAGGAAUGGGGAACUUGAUGUUGAACGCAUGUAAGUGUCGUCUCAAAUUACAGGUUUUGUCUGAAGUUAAAUUACUUUACUAUUAAGUAUGGAUGAUAUAUGGGAGUUGACAAUUUUACUAUUUAUGAAGUUGGUGAAUUGGUGGUUGGAGUGAUUCAAAGAGACUUUCCAUUUAUAUCUCUGUUUGAUAUCA